UAGCGACGUCUACGAGGCGAUGAAGGAGGACAUGGCGAGAUUCGACAUCAGCGACUACCCCGAGGAUAAAUAAUUCGGGAUGCCACGCCAGAACAAGAAGGUUCUAGACGUAAUGAAGGACGAGUGUGCUGGCAGCGUGAUGGUGGAGUUCUUCGGCCUGCGCAGUAAAAUGUACUGCGUGCGCGUUGACGGCCAAUCAGGGCUCCAUCAAGAAGGCGAAGGUCGUCAAGUAUCCCGUGGUGAAAAACCGGAUCGAGCACGAGGACUACCAUCACUGCCUAUUCGACCAGGAGAUACUCGUCCGCCAACAGCAGAAUAUCCGCUCAAGGAAACACCAUGUCACAGCGGAGAAGCAGAAGAAGGUUGCGCUCAGCCCCCACGACGACAAGCGCGAGCUAGUGUUCGGUCAGACCGAUACCCUGCCGUGUGGGCACUACAGUCUCCAAGCGUGCGAGGUGGCAUUAUCAGAGGGCGCCAAGAUCUGCCCCUGCAACGAGGAGGAUGGGGAGCAGGCAAGCAAGAGACCGAGGCUAGCAUAGACGCAGCCUUAGGAGAAGAAGAAGAAACGGAGGGAUAAUUUCAAGUUGGUUGUAUCUCACGGGUGGG